AUGGCUACCCCUCAUCCGUUCUCCCAAAACCCGUUCAAAACCAGGACCGACCUCCAAUCCGCAUGCAUCUCCCUCCUCCAGCCUCUCGCCAACCACACUUCCCCCGGAGGGGCGCGUAUCAAGCUCGGUCAUACCGGGACGCACUACGACGACAUCGCUGCCCAACUCGAGGGGUUCUCUCGUCCUCUCUGGGGCCUAUCUGCCCUCUUGGCGGGAGGAGGCGAGCUUCCUGAAGGGCAGAAUUGGGUGAGCGGGCUAGAGAGCGGGACUGACCCGGAUGGAGAGGAGUUCUGGGGUUGGAGCAGGGCUAAGGAUCAGAGGAUGGUCGAGAUGGCUGCUAUUGGGUACUCGUUGGCUAUCGCUCCUGAACAGCUGUGGAAGCCGCUGAGCGAGAAGGGGAAAACUAAUCUUGCUGCUUGGCUUGGCGCAAUCAACGAUAAGGAGAUGCCUGACACGAACUGGCUAUGGUUCCGCGUGUUCGCCAACCUCGGCUUAGCCAAAGUCGGCGCACCCCAUUCUCCUGAACGGAUGAAAGCCGACCUGGACCACCUCGACACUUUCUACCUCGGCGACGGGUGGUCCCCUGAUGGACCGGAGGGGGUACGGCAGCUCGACUAUUACAGUUCCUCGUACGCGAUCCACUAUGCGCAGCUUGUGUAUUCCAAGCUUGCGCAGGACUCGGAUCCGGAGAGGUAUGCGGAGUAUAGAAACAGAGGGAGCAGGUUCGCACUAGACUUUGUGCAUUACUUUGACGAGCAGGGGCGCGCGAUCCCCUUUGGCCGGAGUAUGACUUACAGGUUCGCGAUGGCGGCGUUUUGGGGCGCAUUGGCGUUUGCGGACGUGCAGCUGCCGUCUCCUCUCGGGUGGGGGGUGGUGAAAGGCUUGCUGCUGAGGAAUCUGAGGUGGUGGAGCAAGCAAGCGAUCUUCAACUCUGAUGGGACGAUGCCAAUUGGGUUCGUAUUCCCGAACAUGUAUAUGACGGAGAACUACAAUUCCCCUGGAUCGCCCUACUGGUGCAUGAAAGCCUUCAUCCCUCUCUCCCUGCCCGAGUCCCACCCCUUCUGGUCAACGCCUGAAGAGCCUUACCCUCAGUCGCUCCCCUUCACCGUAGCGCUCGAUCACCCGUCGCACAUCAUCACCCGGCUGGGGGGUCACACUUUCCUCCUCUCGUCCGGGCAAGCCUGCCACUACCCCCUGCGGCACACUGCGGAAAAGUACGGCAAGUUCGCCUACUCCUCCGCUUUUGGCUUCUCUGUCCCUACUGGAAACUUCGAGCUCGAACAGCAGGCAGCGGAUAGCAUGCUCGCCCUCUCCGACGAUGGGGAGCGGUGGCGCGUCCGCAGGCUGGCGCUCAACGCUCGUAUAGAGGUGGACGACGGCGUUCCUGUACUCCGAAGCAGCUGGAAACCCUGGCCAGACGUCGAGGUAGAAACCUGGCUUCACCCGCCCAGGGCCAAGGCACCGAACUGGCACUGGCGUGUCCACAGGCUGAGGACGGCACGUAAAAUCCAGGGUGCGGAUGGCGGAUUCGCAAUCUAUGGGCAGGGGAAGGAUGGGCGAGCGCUUCCUGGGUUCUUGCCCGAGACAGGUGAGGGGAGGAUCGAAGGCGGCAUCGGAGCUCUUGCUGCUUCCUCCGCGGGGGUCAGCGCUGUUCUCGACAUAUCGCCCAGCCAUGCCCGUACGGCUACGGUGGUGAACGUCGACGCUAACGCGAAUAUCAUGGCUACGCGUACGGUGCUGCCUACGCUCAUGUCACACCAUGAGCCGCACGAAGAUGUCUGGCUCGUCACGGCAGUGUUUGCCAUCCCGGCCAAAGAGGACAACAGUGCACCAGAGGGGUGGCUCAAGGCUUGGGAAGAACCUCCAGCGCUGCCGAGGUCCAUCAAGUCGAGAGUACACCAGGGUCAUUGAGCAUGGAUGAAUACAUGGAUGCACAAUGGAUGUAUGCAUGAAAGUAACUGAAAUCAAAGAAACAAGCAGCAGUGUCAUGGCGUGCUGUAAAGGAAACGAAGCCGUAAUUAAACGGAAUUAUCCUCUUUGACAGAGGGUAAUGGAGACAA